AUGCUCAGUGUUGGAGGGUGAGGAUGAGGAGCAGAGAAAGUGCAGCAGAGAUGCGUUAGUGAAGAUCACAGUGGAUUUCCUGAGGACGAUGAAGCAGGAGGAGCUGGCUGAGCAUCUGCAGAGCAAGAGUCUGGCUGCAGCUUGUCAACGUAAUUUAAAAUCUGGUCUGAAGAAGAAGUUCCAGUGUGUGUUUGAGGGGAUUGCUAAAGCAGGAAACUCAACCCCUCUGAACCAGAUCUACACAGAGCUCUACAUCACAGAGGGAGGGACUGCAGAGGUCAAUGAUGAACAUGAGGUCAGACAGAUUGAAACAGCAUCCAAGAAACCACACAGACCAGAAACAACCAUCAGACAAGAAGACAUCUUUAAACUCCCACCUGGGAGACAUGAACCAAUCAGAACAGUGAUGACAAAGGGAGUGGCUGGCAUUGGGAAAACUGUCUUAACACAGAAGUUCACUCUGGACUGGGCUGAAGACAAAGCCAACCAGGACAUCCAGUUCACAUUUCCACUGACUUUCAGAGAGCUGAAUGUGCUGAAAGAGAAAAAGUUCAGCUUGGUGGAACUUGUUCAUCACUUCUUUACUGAAACCAAAGAAGCAGGAAUCUGCAGCUUUGAAGAGUUCCAGGUUGUCUUCAUCUUGGACGGUUUGGAUGAGAGUCGACUUCCUCUGGACUUCCACAACAAUGAGACCCUGACUGAUGUUACAGAGUCCACCUCAGUGGAUGUGCUGCUGACUAACCUCAUCAGGGGGAAACUGCUUCCCUCUGCUCGCCUCUGGAUAACCACACGACCUGCAGCAGCCAAUCAGAUCCCUCCUGACUGUGUUGGCAUGGUGACAGAGGUCAGAGGGUUCACUGACCCACAGAAGGAGGAGUACUUCAGGAAGAGGUUCAGAGAUGAGGAGCAGACCGCCAGGAUCAUCUCCCACAUGAAGACCUCACGAAGCCUCCACAUCAUGUGCCACAUCCCAGUCUUCUGCUGGAUCACUGCUACAGUUCUGGAGGAUGUGCUGAAAACCAGAGAGGGAGGAGAGCUGCCCAAGACCCUGACUGAGAUGUACAUCCACUUCCUGGUGGUCCAGACCAAAGUCAAGAAGGUCAAGUAUGAUGGAGGAGCUGAGACAGAUUCACACUGGAGUCCAGAGAGCAGGAAGAUGAUUGAGUCUCUGGGAAAACUGGCUUUUGAUCAGCUGCAGAAAGGAAACCUGAUCUUCUAUGAAUCAGACCUGACAGAGUGUGGCAUCGAUAUCACAGCAGCCUCAGUUUACUCAGGAGUGUUCACACAGAUCUUUAAAGAGGAGAGAGGACUGUACCAGGAGAAGGUAUUCAGCUUCGUCCAUCUGAGUGUUCAGGAGUUUCUGGCUGCUCUUCAUGUCCGUCUAACCUUCAUCAAUUCUGGAAUUAAUCUGAUGGAAGAACAAAAAAAAUGUCCUAAGAUGUCCACAUACUUAAAGAAACCAGAUUCAAAACAUCUCCAUCAGAGAGCUGUAGACGAGGCCUUACAGAGUCCAAAUGGACACCUGGACUUGUUCCUCCGCUUCCUCCUGGGUCUAUCGCUGCACACCAAUCAGAGUCUACUACAAGGCCUGAUGACACAGACAGGAAGUAGCUCACAGACCAAUCAGGAAACAGUCCAGUACAUCAAGGAGAAGAUCAGUGAGAAUGUAUCUGCAGAGAGAAGCAUAAAUCUGUUCCACUGUCUGAAUGAACUGAAUGAUCGUUCUCUAGAGGAGGAGAUCCAUCAGUUCCUGAGAUCAGGACGUCUUUCCACAGAUAAACUGUCUCCUGCUCAGUGGUCAGCUCUGGCCUUCAUCUUACUGUCAUCAGAAGAAGAUCUAGAGGUGUUUGACCUGCAGAAAUACUCUCCUUCAGAAGAGGUUCUUCUGAGGCUGCAGCCAGUGGUCAAAGCCUCCAACAAAGCUCUGCUGAGUGCGUGUGGUCUCUCAGAGAGAAGCUGUGGACCUCUGUCCUCCGUUCUCAGCUCCCAGUCCUCCAGUCUGACAGAACUUGACCUGAGUAACAACGACCUGCAGGACUCAGGAGUCAAGAAGCUUUGUGAUGGACUGAAGAGUCCAAACUGCAAACUGCAAACUCUCAGCCUGUCAGGAUGUCUGAUCACAGAGGAAGGCUGUGCUUCUCUGGCCUCAGCUCUGACCUCCAACCCCUCCCAUCUGCGAGAGCUGGACCUGAGAUACAACCAUCCAGGAGACACAGGAGUAAAGCUGCUGAUGGCUGCACUGAAGGAUCCACACAGACUCAGGGUGGAGCCUGCUGGAGAACCAUGGUUGAGACCAGGUCUGAGGAAGUAUUCCUGUCAACUCACAAUCAACAUGAACACAGUGGACAGAAACCUCAAACUGUCUGACAACAACAGGAAGGUGACAUAUGUGGAGGAACUUCAGUCAUAUCCUGAACAUCCAGACAGAUUUGACAAAUUUCCUCAGCUGCUGUGUGAAAAUAUUCUGACUGGUCGCUGCUACUGGGAGGUUGAGUGGAGAGGAGGCGUUUAUAUAUCAGUGAGUUACAGAGAAAUCAGAAGGACAGGAGACAAAAGUGACUGUUGGUUUGGAUUCAAUGACCAGUCCUGGAGUCUGAGAUGCUCUGAUUAUGAAGGUUACUCUGUCUGGCACAAUAACAGAGGAACGCCCAUCUCCUCCUCCUCCUCCUCCCCCUCCUCCUCUGUCUCUAACAGAGUAGCAGUGUAUGUGGACUGUCCUGCUGGCUCCCUGUCCUUCUACAGAGUCUCCUCUGACUCACUGAUCCACCUCCACACCUUCAUCACCACAUUCACUCAUCCUCUCUAUGCUGGAUUUGGGUUCUUGUCCUGGUCUGGUUCCUGGGUGUCUCUGUGUUGAGUGCAAAGAGUCUGAUCUUAGCCGAGUGGCAACCUCCAGGGGAAAAAAGUGAAGCCUUUGCGGAAGUGCAAAAAAAACUGCAGUUCUUCUACACCCAUGUCUGAACACACUAUAAUAUAAUUUUACAUAACCAAACCCCUUUAACUUCUCAUUUUCUUGUCUAGAUAAAUGUGUUUCUUGUAAAUACACAAUCUGUGCCUUUUCCUUCCUCAACAUAGACAAGACUUUCUUUCGUUUUAUACGACUGUUGAGACCAUUCAACAAAAUGGUGUUAAUGUUAAUUUCCAUUGUUUAUAAUUUGUUAAAGGUACAACAUGAUUUCAUCCGCAGUGUCUCAAACACAAAGGCAAACAAAAAACUAGACACCAUAACAAAGAGCAAAGCUUCCAAAAGAGGGAUAAUGAAAAUUCCUGUUGGUCCCUGUUGGUGGGUCGAGGGUAAGUUGCCACCAUGUUGUGGGGGCCCUCUCUAGUAAAAGAAAAAUCCCAAUCAGUGGUAGUCCUCCGAUACUAGAAAUGUCCAAAACUUUGUGAGGUUUUAGCCAUUGUUCUUCACAUGUUGAUCAUAUUAUGAGUAAGGACCUGUCCAUGUACUAUCCAUAUAAAUCUGCUUGUUACCUAAACUGUUAAAAAAACUUAUGUUGGUUUUCUAACAUGAACCAUGUUAAUGGGAUGGAAAAUAUUAUAGCCUUGUUUAUUUAACAAAACUUUAUUGUCCUCUGUUUUGGGGAACGACACAUGCCAAUGUCCACAGACUUUGACUUGAACCCACUUCAGCAUGGACCCUCAGCCUCUGUAAAUGGUUCCUAAUCAACCAAUGAAUUUUCCCAGAAUCCCAGACCGUUUUUAUUUCCAUGUUUAAUCCAAUCAGAAGUUAUCUUACUAAUGCAUUUUUGCUGCAUAACAGAAGUUAUUGGCACUACAAUGAAAAGCAGCUGUUCUUCUAAUCUGGGAUCAUCAGGACCAGGCAAAAUUUAUAAUCUAAGUUCUUAACGAAUAAAAAAAGUGCUCCUGUAUGACUGAAACUGGAGCUGUGUCUUUGUCUGAAUCUCCAUUCUGUUUGUCUUGUUUGGACCUCCAUGUUCAGCCUUUGUUUGUUGGGGUGGUUGUUUUUUUCUUUUGUGUCUCUGGUUCUGGGAACUCCACAUUCUGUCUGAAUCCUGAAGUUUCUCCUGCUGGAUUGAUUCCCUUUCCAGGAUUUUAUUUGGCUCCCUUUCUCAAUUUUCUAACUCUCCUUUGGCAUUUUAAUAUUUAUUUAUUUAUUCAUUUUAAUUGUAUUUCUAUUUAGAAAAAAAUGUCCAUGUAUGGA